AUGUCUGUUGUUAUUUCUACAACGAGGGGCAGUUUGCUUAUUCAUCUCCGCUACACGGACUGCCCAAAGGCGUGCUUCAACUUCCUUGCGCUCUGUGCCUCCUCCUACUACGAUGGCUGCCUCUUCCACCGAUGCGUUACGAACGCGUUUGUCUUGACAGGCGAUCCAACCGGAACGGGGAAGGGCGGGGAAUCCGUUUUUGCACCGGAGCAGCGGUAUUUUGACGAUGAGGGCCUUGGAACUGUGCACCACGACAGCCGCGGGGUUGUGUCUAUGGCCCACAGGGGCAACAAGCCCAACACGAACGCAUCCCAGUUCUUCAUCAUCUUUCAACCCUGCCCGUCACUUGACACGAAACACACCGCGUUUGGAUGUGUGGACUUGGCGUGGAACGACGGUGAGAGCGAAAGAACUCUUAAAAAACUUGAGGAGCUCCGGGUCGAUGACAAGUACAACGUUCUCGACAAGGAUGCGAAGCUUGUUGGGACCACGGUGCUGUACAAUCCCUUUGCUGAGGGACACAUUAAACUAGACGUUUAG